AUGUCAAGCGCAACAGGAAACAACACUGCCAGGAUACCUACAUCUCAUACAUUAUGGUCUCCGUAUGACACUGUGAGAGAUGCAGCCGAGAGUUUAGGCCUUUCAAGUCAAUUAACUGAGGACGUGGCUAAAAAUUUGGCCAUGGACGUCGAGUACCGUAUUCAUGAAAUCUUGGAGCAAGCAUUGAAAUUCAUGAGGCACGGAAAAAGGAAAAUACUUACUGUAUCUGACGUUGACAGGGCCAUGAAAGCUUUGAAUCUGGAACCAUUGUACGGCUAUGAUGUUUCGAGAUCUCUUGUUUUUAAAGAAGCAAUGGUUGGCCCUGGUCAAACGCUGUACUAUGUUGACGAUGAUGACGUGGAAUUUGAAAAACUAAUCAACCAGUCACUCCCUAAAGUUCCGAGGUUCACUUCAUUCACUGCCCAUUGGCUUGCAAUCGAGGGUGUGCAGCCAACAAUUCCUCAAAACCCGAACCCUGGCGAGAUCAAGCAAUUGCCUCCUAAUCAAAGGGGUUCGGUUGAUAACAUACUGAGCUUAAAUAAUGAUGAAAUAUCUUUGUCAACCAACCCAACUAACGGAUUAACAACGGUUGAGCAAAACUCACGAGGAAGAAAGAAAGACCUGGAUGUGAAACCGCUUGUCAAGCAUAUGCUCUCUAAAGAGCUUCAGUUGUAUUUCGACAAGGCUGUUGCUGCAUUGCUGGAUGAGACCAAUGAAAGCCUUCGAGCGGCUGCUUUGGAAUCAUUAGAAGCUGAUCCAGGACUACACCAACUUGUCCCUUAUUUCAUACAGUUCGUCGCCGAAACAAUAACGCACAAUCUGAAAAAUCCAACGAUUUUAACAACAAUGCUAAUGGUGAUAUAUUCUCUUCUAUCCAAUAAGUCUAUUUUUCUUGACCCAUACAUUCACGCUAUAAUGCCAUGCAUACUCACUCUCCUUCUCGCUAAGAAAAUAGGAACACGCUCAGAACUGGAAGAUGACAAAGAACAGUUUAGAAUUAGGGAGCUGGCUGCUUCUCUUCUCCAGAGAAUCAUUCAGGAGUAUGGUUCAUCAUACAAAACUCUUAAACCCAGGAUAACUAGAACGCUCUUGAGGGCGUUUCUUAGCAGUGCCACAAAGAAUUCAAUUGGGACCCAGUUUGGUGCGAUGAAGGGCAUGAAAUCUCUGGGUAAAGAAGUGAUUCGAAUAAUAAUGGUCGGUAACCUCAGAAGCUGGUCCACCUCCAUUUUAGAAGGUCUUGAUGAAAAUUCACCCAACUACAAAAUACUUAUCGAAAAUGUGAUGGAUUGCCUCAGUACAAUGGCCGACGAUGGCAAGCUUAGCAAUCCGUCGACAACUGAAGGUCACAAUGAGGGUAAGCCCCGUGGUCUGAGGGACGACGAAUUACAGAAACUGAGAGAGCGUAUAGGUGGCAUUCUCGCUAAGGAGGUCGCUUUGCAACCGAGUGCCCAAGAGAUAUAUGGCGGAAUUUUUUUUGGAGAAUCAUGA